AUGCAGUCCUAUCAUAUCAAAGAUUAUGCACCACCUCAGGGCUAUGAGUUGGGGCAACUGCCACGACCGGAAAUUGAAAAUGCGGCGGAGGUCCUGAUCAAGGUCCAUGCGGCCAGUGUGAACCCAAUUGAUGUCAAGAUGGCCAGUGGUGCGGUCAAAAUGAUGACUUCGUUCAAAUUCCCGUAUAAGCUUGGAUAUGACUGCGCCGGAACAGUGGCAGAGAUUGGUGCACGAGUUACGCGCUUCAAGGUCGGGGACGAGGUAUACGUCCGUCUUCCGGAAAGCACGCGAGGCUCCUGGAGCGAAUACUGCAAAGCACCUGAAGAUACGAUUUCCCUCAAACCGAAGAACGCUACAUUUCAAGAAGCCGCGUCCAUUCCUUUGACGGGCUUGACAGCCUAUCAGUCGCUGAAACUUGCUGGCGAUUUGACCGGCAAGACAGUUUUUGUUCCUGCUGGAUUGAGCGGUACUGGCGCAUAUUGUUGCCAACUUGCAAAGAACGUUUUCAAAGCUGGAAAAGUGAUUACAACGGUUUCGACUGGAAAGAUCCCCAAGGUCCCUGAGUUGCUUGGUGAAGGGGUGGUUGAUGAGAUCAUUGAUUACACCAAGUCAGACCCCAAGACCGAGAUCCCCGCCGGGUCGGUCGAUUUCAUGUUCGAUACCGUUGGCAUAGCCAUGGACUGCCUCCACCUCAUGCGUCCCAACACCGGCUACUUGGUAUCUAUCUCCACCACACCCAGUGGAGAUUAUCUCGUCGAAGCCGGAAACAUGCAAAUCGGAUUCCCGUUCCGACACAUUCUCAACCUCGUCGACAGUGUUCGCGUAUGGCGGGCCAAGCGCUGGAAUGUGAAAUAUAGAUAUGUCUUUAUGCAUCCUGAUGGCAAGGAUUUGGAGGAGUUGAAGAAACACGUUGAGAAUGGAAAGUUGAGAGCUGUGGUGGGUAAUACGGUGCAUUACAAGGAUGUGGAUGCUGUCAAGGAAGCUUGUGAUGUGGUGUUUAAGGCCAAGGGAGGUAUUGGGAAGCACGUCAUUUCUUUUGAGUAA